ACGGGACCCAAACUAGAAAAUUGAACAUUUGACAGAGCUGGCUAUAAUGGUUUCAUUUUUUAAAAACCCUAAGUUAAUUACAAGAACAGGGUGUCACCAGAACAUGGACAGCAGCACAUGGUGCCAUCAGAAUAGGUUACCACCAUUAAAAAAAAAAAGUUAACGUGCUUGGCAUUCAGAUGCCAAAACAGGGUUCAGAUUUCGAACAAAAAUUUGCUAAUAGUUUCCUUCGAAUGCCAAGUUGUUCAAGUUCUAAGGCGUUCGGAUUCUGAGGCCACAGUGUAUAUGAUAUGGACUGAAAAUGUCACCUACCACCACACAAAAAAAGUACCCUCUAGGCAAACCGCCUCUCUACGCCAUUGAUUUUGAAAAUGGUGGGGCGGGUGGGGUAAAGCCCAGGAAAAUGUUAGGAUAUCUGGGGUUUAAAGUAAUAUUUUCUAAUUUAUGCAUUUUGUAGAAUAGAUUAUAUAACACAACUCAACUAACAUGUUUAUUGUUUGAAUGAUAUGUUGGUGUUGUGCGUUUGUAUCUCAAUCAUCUUAGUCUUAUCGGUUGAAAUGUUGUCCUAUCUUCUGCUCAUAUCUAGUCAGUCCAUUUGACUUUAUAUAUUUAUAGAUACGUCUUGGUACCCUUCUAUUACUUCUAUAUACGUUAACACCUAUUACAACAAUUCUCUCCCCCCACCCCCCUUUUUACUAAAUUUCAGGUGUUCCCGAAAUCAUCCAGCUCACCUUAAAGUGUUUCUUUCAAUAUGUUCCGGGGAGGGCGGCUGUGUCAAACAUUUGGGGAGGCAUGCAUAUUGGUACAUAACAAAAUUCAUUCUGGCAAUUUCAUUGGGGAGGGCGCAAUAAAUGCGUUCAGGGUGGGGGGCAUAGCACCUAUUAGCGCCGAAAUUAUGCAUAUAAUAUAAAUAGUGCCUAAUACCAUACAUAACCAUAUUUCACACCAGUUGUGGCGCGCCCUUGGGUCAUCAUCAUGUCCCUUAGUCAUUGGACCAUUAUAUUCCUCUAAUUGUUAGUCAUACAUUUAAUUGAAAUUAAUUCGUUUAGCGUUGAAAGCGAUGAUUUAAUCUUCAAUUCAAUAACACCUUGAAUUAGUGCAAAUAAAUAUAAUUCAUUCUCAGUGAUGUCAGUAAAAUAUUAAUUCAACAGUUUAUAUUUAUCAUUCACCAAAACCCUAUUAAUUAAAUUCUUAAUCGAAUAUUACGUUAGUUAGACAAAAUACUAGGCCUAUUACUAUUACUAUUAUCCUUAGUCUUUUAAAUAUCUAUGUAGCGCAACUCAAUGAGUCAAUGCGUUUAAGAAUGUUUCAUUGUGACCCUGGUUAUUUUAACUACAUGAUACAUGUAUAUGCACUUUUACACGGAAUUCUAAAUUUAGUUUACGGUCAUUCCCUCUAACUCUAAGGUCAUUGGCGUAGUCACGAAGGAGACAAAGAUGGAGUCAGACUGACUGAGUUAUGGCAAGCACAUGAUGAGAAAACUACGUUGUGAGGGAAAAUCUUGUUCAAGUUGAACUUGUCAUGCAAUCAGUGGCCCAAUACGGGAGGAUCGUCGCCCGUGCCUUAGCCGCCGGAAUUCACAACGAAUUUCAGUUGAAAAGUCCAUUCGAAAAGCCGAAAGAACCACUUCAUUUAGUCACUGGUGCCUCAGGGUUUUCUAAGUCUAAGUCCUUGACUAAAUCAAGUCAACUAAGUAAAUGGACUUUCGGAGAUGACGCAUACUUCAUUAGCAGAAAUAAAGUCGCAGAUGUCAUCGGUAAUAAUUUUAUUGUUUUUUUUGGGUUUUUUUUGUACAGUAUAAUAAUAUAAUUUAAAAAUAAGUUUAUGAUGGGCGUCAUUGGUCGGACUUUAGAAUUAGGCAGGUAGGUCAUGUUUUUGUUUACAUUCAUUCAUUCAUUGCUAUCCCAAAAAUUCACCUUACACUUACACUUUAGUCUUAGUUUUAGAUUGUGUAAUCUGGGUAAUUAUUUAACCCAUUCUCAUUUAGAUUUAGAUCCAGGUCUUAAGCCAGUGAAUAUCUAACUUUAAAGGAUUUGAUUUUUAUUUAUUUUUUUGGCAAUCCAAUUUGAAAUUUUUUCCAAUCCCUGCCACUUUGAGUUUCUGUAUGGGAUUCUCUCCUCUUUGUUUAUUUGUGGAGAAUUAGCUUCUAUUUUUUUAAUAUUAAUAUACUGAUGGAGUGUUUUUGAUUGAUAUUUCAUUGGGUGGUUAAUAAUAUUUAAAAAACAAGGCUAUGUUGCAAAGGCAAUUUUGCCAGAAUUUUUUCACUGGAUAGCUUAACAUUAUACCCAGUAGACUAGUAGAAAAAAAAAAUUAGUUUGUUUAUAGAUUUCAAACCACUUACAUAACAAAAUAAAAUUAAAUUGUAUCAAAUACAUUAUAUAAUUGUGUAUGAUUAAUGUUUUUUAUCGAUAUAUUUUAACAGAAGAGUAUUAUAAAUGCUGGAAAGUCCCCUUUAAUAGUGUAAUGUUUAGAUUGCUAUAAGUCUGCAUGAUUAAUGAUUUGUUUUUAUAAAUCUGAAUUCUAAACGAAAGUAAACAAGAUAAUGUUCAAUUCACAAAUAAUUUUAUUUGAAUUUAGAACAACAACAUAAUAGAAAAUAAUGAAGUGUCUGAUUUAGAGUGUGCAGCAUCUUCAAUAGCAGUUUGGUUUUGUUCCAGAAAAAGUCGAUGCUUCUCAUUUACAUUCAAAUCAGAGGGAAAAUAUUUCUGUCCUUGUGCACCCUUUCUUCUGUUAUGGCUGGCUCUGCAACUGAAAGAUUGAAUGUGUAAUAAAUAACACAGCUAACUCUGUAAAGCAACUUUUUAUUUUCAUUUCCUUAACACUUCUGAUGUGUCGUAACCAUCAGUUUUACCAUGUUAAUGUAAAAUGAACUUUAGUGGUUAUUUAAUAAAGUUACCGGUAACUCUCCAUACAGAACCCUUUAUCGUGAUUACACGUUAUGGAGGGUAUCUUUCCUCCGCUUGAAUAGCAAAAUGAUUUAUUUUUUUUCGUGUUGCGCUUUUUUUUUCUUUUUAUUUUCGAGAUUUUAUAGUAUAAACAGCAUUUUCAUCCAGGCGGUUGUUAACCACCAUUUUUUUUGUUGUUUUGCGUCGUGAUAUUUAGUGCGCAUGCGCAGAAUGCCGCAGAAUAGCUUGCCAAUCACACAGAUUGGUCCGAAAAUAUGUGCAGCAUUUUGAUAUUUAAAAAAAUAAUUCACACUGCCUUUUGAAAAUAAAUCAUUUUUAGACAUAGAAUAAUAUGGGAUUCUAAUGUGUUUUGUAGAUAAACUUUAACUUGUCUUACAGGAACUUGGUUUGCUCUACAAGACUGUACAGUUAUCUCAUUUUUUUUUUAAAUGGCAGAUACCGCGUUUUGAAAAUCGACACUUCAUUUAUUAAUUAUUAUACAGUAGUUUUCUUUUAGAGUGAAUUUAAAUAAAAGAUUUAUAUUUCUUUUGGCUUUGCAUAUAUGAUAUGAAAAUACAUGAAACUACUAAAUAACAUACAUAUUCUUCUUGUGGCUUGAGCUUAUGCUCUCAAAGCCACGGCUAGUACAGAGGCAACCUGGUCCAUCUAUUGGGCAGUACCAUGUAACAUUUUCUAAAUUUAAGACUCUCCUGGCCUCCCCAGCAACAUCCAUUGCGGGGGCAUGAAGUCAACUGAUGCGCUACGGUUUCCGGGACCAUAUUGCAAUGUCGGCAGAUUGAGUCCCUGUUAUUGUCUAACCUGUUGAAGUAAGAUUUAGUAGGGCAGAGCUCCGUUAGCAUUUUAGUCAUUAGACUGUGGUGUCAUGACCCAGUUUCCACCAAGGGUCUGUUCUAAUAGGAACUUCUCUGGCCUUUGUCCUGUCUGCACCACUUUGUCCUCGAGUGGCCCGCCAGCCAGUUUUUGACACUGAGGUAAGGGACUAGCGUUUCUGGCUGGUACUGGACAGCCUCGGUUCAUUCCAGUGAGUCUGCUCUUUCAUUGCCCUUCACGUUUACAUGGCUUUGAACCCAUUGCCUCGGAUUUUCUCAAUCUUGCACACAUCAUCCAUGAUGGCAUCAACCAAGUGGUUGAUAAUGAAUGUUUCUAAUUUGAAUGAGGAACAAUGCAUAAAUAAUAAUUAAGAUGUUUAGAGUUGUUUAAACCUUUAUUACUUUCAAAAGGAGUAGCAGAUGGUGUUGGUGGCUGGAGAAACUAUGGCAUAGACCCAUCUUCAUUUCCUCGUACUCUAAUGCUGGUAUGUGAGCGUAUGGUGCGGGAAGGUCAUUUUGUGCCUCAAUCUCCAGCCAACAUUAUUGCUGCUGGCUACAGUGAAAUGAUGGAACAGAAAGUUCUAACUCUAGGUAAAGAAUUUAGUCCCUUUUUUUUGUUAUACAUUGGUUUUGAAUCAUUAAAUAGAUUGUCUAAAAUUAUAUGUAAUAGAAUAUUACACAAAAAUAACGUAUUUCAGAUUAGAAAUUUUAUCUAGCAUAAUUACGUAUUUUUUAAGCUUUUCUUUAUUUCGGCAAACACUAUUUUAAAUUCUAGGCAGCAGCACAGCUUGUGUAGUCUCACUCCAUCGAGAGGAACAAACCAUCUACUCUGCUAAUCUAGGAGACAGUGGAUUUCUUGUUAUACGAAAUGGGGAAAUAGUCCACAGGUCUACAGAGCAGCAGCAUUACUUUAACACUCCCUACCAGCUGGCCGUUGCACCACCUUCAAGGGACGGUCAGUGGCUCAGUGAUAGGUGACAUUUUACAUUACAAUCUGCAUUACAUUUAUUUUGUUCACUUUCCCCAAACACACAAAACCGCUGAUAAGUGUUGUGCUGAAAUGUGAUCUUGUUUUGUUUUUUUUUUUUAUUUCAAGUUACACCAGAGAAGGUUUUUAACUGAUUAACUACCAGAUUGAAAAACCGGCUGUGGCAGAAUUAAAUCUAGGUCACAUUUUCUCAUUUUAGCUGUGUGUCCAAAUUCAGCUGCUGUUUUCUCAAUCAUAAACAUAUUUUAAUGAUUAAUAAACCAUUUUGUAGGUAAUGGAAUUGUUUAUAAGAUAAACUUAAAACAUUUGUAAUAGUAGAAAUUAUUAAUUGUUAAAUUAGUAUUUACUACAGAGAAAAAAAAAUAUGUAAAUGUGCCAACUUACGUAUAAAUUUUAAAUUUCCAAAUUAUUUAAAGCCUUUUAUUUAGUGGUUUCCAAAUAGUAUAUCCAAUAAUAAGAAAAAUGCACCAAAGAACACAGAAAUUGAAUAAUAUUUACACCUCCAAUUACUUAUAUGCCUUUAGUAACACUGUCACAUGUUGCGACGAUUAACAAGUAGUAAAAUUUUGUAACUAGCUUAGAAAAUAAAUCAAAAUUAAUUAACAGCUCGUUUUUUAAAACGUUCUACCGAUAGCGCGUGGUUCUAAUAUAAACAUCCUGUCGGUAAAUUAAAAACCCAAAGCAAAACGGGAAUAAUAUAAAUGUUUGACUCCAAUACAAACAUUGGCGCUCGUGGCCAUAACGGAAGAAACGCCGAGCCACUCUCAGUGGGGCAUGGUAAUUAACCAGUUAAGAAUAAAUAAUAGGGGAUUUCUAAUAAAAGCUUAUUUGUGUUUUUAAUGCUAACCCUUAUUUCUGCAUUUGAAACAAUUUACAGCCCUGAGAUGGCGGAGAGUUCGUCAUUUAAAGUUGAAGAUGGGGAUGUUUUAAUGCUUGCGACUGAUGGACUUUUUGAUAACUUGAGUGAGGAUAUGAUUGUUCGAUCACUAAGACCACUACAUGUAAGUAAUGCUUUGCCUAAUGGGUUUAUUAAUACAAAUUUAUGAUCUGGUCAGUUUUUUUAAUACAUUUGGCAAGGGAUGGGCUAUCUUUUUUAUUGAAGGGAGACAUUUUUAUAGCUUAACAUGAUUAUAUCUGCUAAGAAAAUUAUAUAUUAAUUUCAAACAUUUUUUAUAAAACUGAAUCAUCUUUGUUUUUACAAACUAAGUAUAUAGUUUACAUAUUAAAUGUCUAGAGUUUUCUAAGGAGCACGAGUUUCUUUCCAUCAAUUGCAUUAUCUUUCUGAAAUCUGCAGACACAUAAGGAGGAAGAAAGGAUCCAAUCUACAGCGCACAGCAUGGCUGAACAUGCCUACAAACUUUCAUUAGACCCUGACUACAUGUCUCCUUUUGCACUCUCAGCUUGUGACAUUGGUAUUGAUUUGAGAGGCGAGUAUUUUAAACAAUUUAAAUUGUUCUAGAGCUUAACUAGGGCAGAUUUUUUACACGGGGUCUUGAUAUUUUGCCAAUCCUACAUCCAGUCCUACAACCACCUGCCAGGCUUUAAACUAUGGGCCUACAGACAGUUCUACACCCUACCUGCCGGCUUUUAAACAGUAGCCUUACAGACAGUCCUACACCCAACCUGGUGGUAUUUUAAAAAAUAGUCCUACGGACAAUCCUACAGGCAGUCCUACACCACUCUGUAUUAUUAAUAUAAAACAUGUUGAGUUGGGGAAGGGCCAGUUGUGAAUAGGAAACAGCCACACCAGAAGAGAAAUAUAUAUAAGAGAGGAUUCAGCCAUGGAAAAAUAAUUAUUUUAUAAAUCAAUUUUUUUUUAGAGUAGCUUCUUCCCUGUAACAUUGUCUGAUAAAGUCUGAUAAAAUAAUUGCAUAGCUAAUUACUUUUUUAACAUUGUAUGAAUAGCAAUAAAAAGUGAAUUGAACUAUUGAUGAAAGCUUUUUGUUUUGCAAGUCCUGAUUAACUAAUUUCUAUAUUUCUCAUGUCUGCUAAGGAAUGCUCUUAGCUCAAACACUCUUCUUUUAUUAUCCUGUCUUUCUAUUUCAAGCUUGUGUCACAGAUUAGAUGAUGGUAGUAUGAGCUAUUGCCCGUUGCGUACCAAGUAGUAUUGGUGUUGGUUGAUGUAGGGGUUGCUCCUCUCUGUGAAAGUUCAGUGUCCAGACGUUGAGGAAAUAUAAUGAAGAAAACACAGACUUCAAAGAAUGACCAAUAACUUCCUCAUUAACAACUAUAAACAAAGAAUGUAUUACUAGAUCCAAUACAGUCUAACAAUAUUCCCUUUGAAACCGUUAACAUCCAUUAGUCUUCAACGCUUCACAACUUCCAAAACAUUCAGUAAUCUUCCACGCUCCUUAACCUCAAAACAUUUUUCUUCCUUCUGAAAUCGCCCAACACCCAUUCAAAAUCCAGCUAACGUGGUGCGACCCAUAGGAAAAACCCAAAAAAUAACAUUAUUACUAACAUGGAAAUGCAAUGGAGCGCCAUUGUUACACCCUGCCCUAAUCAUUUGUGACAGCUUGCACAUACCAUAUUCUACUGUUUCCUUCACUCAGCUUGAACGCAGUCCUUCAUCAUUCAUAACUCAUGAGAUUUAUUAUUUUUAAUUUUAAAAGAAAAUUUAAAAAAAUAUUCUCCCAACUUAAGAUUAUUAAAAAAUCUUUUUUUGUUUUCAGGGGGAAAGCCAGAUGACAUCACAUGCAUUAUAGCACGUGUUACAUACCAGUCCGAAAUUUUUCUGUGA